AAGCACCAACCAAUUAUUGAAGUUCCAGUCUCCGCAACGCUUUUGAGCACAGCCACGUUCUAUUCUACCUACGGGAGAUCGACAAAGUCCACGACUUGAUAAUACUUGCGUAUCCCCUUUGCGCCGCACGCUCAAAUAGCCAACUACGACUCACCAGGUUUUGAAUAUUGAUUGCUCGAUUGAAGCUCAAAAGCUUUUUCCUCUUUCCUUAUGCCCUCGUACGGCUCUUUGCAUUCUCCUUCGCUGCGCAAAAUGGAAAAUUCUAGGGCAAGUUAUCGCCGUAGGGGCAUGAAUAUGUCCAAUGUUAUCGGUGAUCCUUUUGCCCUAGCAACGAUCUCUAUCGCCUUGCUCGCAUGGGUCAUCUCUUUCAUCAGUUCCAUUAUAGGUCAAAUACAUGCAACCGCCAGGAAUCCUUUCCCAGCGUAUACAUGGUUUGCAAUCGUUUUCAUGUUACCUUUAAUAGGCGGCAUAUUCGUUGUAAUAGCAUCCAAUUCUAUUCAGACAUAUCAUGUCGCGAUUGUCGGCUAUAUAUCUGUCGGUCUUAUCGCUACAACUUCGUCUGUUACGUCUCUAGUUUAUUCUUCUGAGGGGGCUAGGGAAGCUGCUGCCGCGGGUUUCAUUUUACUCUCCAUGGUCAAUAUCGUAUGGCUUGCUUAUUUCGGCUCUGCGCCCUCCGCUGUACCACGUGCCUACAUCGACUCCUUUGCUCUAGCCAAGGAGUCGUCAAUGAGCCGACAAACCAUGAAUGGAGGAUAUGGUGGUCGCCCCGAAACAUCUACAUCCGUCCAACCCCCGCAGAUGUAUACGUCUGCCCAGCUUAACGGGUUUGAAAACCCAUCUCCCGUCGGAGGAUUCAAUGGCAAUGCCACACGUAAUUCGGGUGGUGCUUCUGGCUUCCCUGGCGUUAUUAACAAGACGCCAUCGCCUGCGCAGAACGAGCCAGAAAUUGCUGCCCCGACGGAGUACCCGUACCGUGCGAAGGCUAUCUACAGCUACGAAGCUAACCCCGACGACGCUAAUGAAAUUUCCUUCUCGAAACAUGAAAUACUCGAAGUGAGCGAUGUAAGCGGCCGAUGGUGGCAAGCCAAGAAAGAAAGCGGCGAGACAGGCAUAGCACCCAGCAACUAUCUCAUAUUAUUAUGAGAAUAUUAAUUAGCUGACGUACUUUUGCUUGGAUUUAUUUGAAUUGGGACGCAGCCGUUUGAAUGAUAUAUCCGGAAUUUCCCUCCCAUACAACGAGGGGAGAGCGCUUGUAUUUGAAUGGGUUUUAGAGGCUGCGAACGAAACGCUGGGCCACGGACACGCGUUGGAGUAAAAUCGGGGUUUACCAACAUUACCGGAUGUAGCUUUUCCCACUUUUGCAAAGCUCUUUUUUCUACUAUUAUUCACACGAUGGCCGGCUAAUUGUUUAUUGUCUUUUUAUUUUAUUUUCUUCCCUUUUGACCUCUCUGCCGACGACCGGGUCGUUCCGGUGCGGCAUACACACAGAGAAAGACAAACCUCCUUCGUUGCCCUGCGAAAUAACUUGCAGGAGAAACGCUCGUUUUCGGCGCCCCUUCGGAGCAUGUACGUAUAUUUAGUUGAGAAUCGGCGAAGUUAGGGCGAGUAGGACGGAAGCCUUGUGGACGAAAGGGAUUUUUAACGAACGUCACGCCAUUGGUUCACGGAUUCCAGGAGAUAGGUGGUUAAGCUCUGGUGUCAAUCAAUGAAAGAACACUAUUAAAGACUUGUGUGCGUGUUGAAGGUGCUGCUGUGUACAAAUACCCCAGGAAAUCUGUUCUGAUGUUUUUAAGCUAUGGGCUUCCAUCUGUAAUUCAGGAUUAUAAGUGUAUUACAAAUGUUGUCAUAUGUACUAGGUGCUUUGGAUGAAUUGUAACAUUAUGUAUUACA